AUGGACGCCUUCAUUGAAUACCAAAACUCACUUCCAGUUGUCUCAUCUGAAAAUCCUCAGCUAGCAUCCUCUUCAAACUCAAACAACACAAGAAGCACCGGUGGGGAUGCAGUUGCUGACUCAGAAGUCAAGCUGGCUUCACAAACCCCGAAGAAGAAAGCCGGAAGGAAGAAGUUUAGGGAGACUCGACAUCCGGUGUACCGGGGAGUGAGGAUGAGGGAUAACGGGAAGUGGGUUUGUGAGGUGAGAGAGCCCAACACGAAGUUUAGGGUGUGGUUAGGGACACAUCCUACUGCUGUAAUGGCAGCUAGGGCACAUGACGUGGCUGCUUUGGCCUUCAGGGGACGAUCGGCGUGUUUGAACUUUGCUGACUCUGUGUGGCGGCUGCCUGUCCCGAAGUCUAACAAAAUAGAGGAUAUACAAAAGGCCGCUGCAGAAGCGGCGGAGGCUUUUAGAUACACGGACACGGAGGAAGCAGUGGAGAAUGUGGAAACAAAUGAGUUGCCGGAAGUUCAGUCUUACGUUGAUGAAGAGGAGAUUUUUGAGAGUUCCGGAUUUUUUGCCAGCAUGGCUGAGGGAUUAAUGGUACCACCUCCUCCUCACACGAUGGGGUAUGGCAACUAUGGAGAUAACAUGGACUUUUGUGCUGAUGGGUCUUUAUGGAGUUUUUAG